AUGCAGCCUUUCCUGCAAGCGCAGUGCACUUUUCCCGCUGGCUGGCAGUUUUCGGGGCCGUAUCCACAGCCAAUGCUGGCACCUGGACCUGCACCAUGCAUCUUCGUCCCCGCCGGGCCGCCGGCUGCGUUUGCUUUCAUGGGAUCUGGGUCCUGUUCCGCAGAGGCAUCAAUAGCAGCUGACCACCAAGCAGAGCCUGCAAUGUCGGCAAUGGAGACAGGAUCUGCGACGCAGCAAGGGAAGGAGCGCCGCCGGAAGCAGUCUGGGAAGAGGCGCAGCCAACUGCCAACCGUUUCAGACACAGCAGCCCCCGCCAAGGCGAACCUUGCGAACCAGAAGAAUCGAAACUUGCUGACUCGCGGCCCAGCCAGGGUCGAGUUUCGUGAAGGCAUGCCCCCAAAAACCUGCCCAGCCGUUCUGCUUGACUGGGCAAAGCGAGACCAAGAGCUGUACUGGAUUCGACACACCCCGGUUGUGAAACAUGACUUCCACGACCCUGCUGACCAUGCCGUGCCCUCCGACGGCAACGACACACUUGGCUACGUAGUCCUGAGGCACUUGCACAGGCACACCCAGCCCCAAGAGAAGCCUUUGGUCAUCGAGAGUCGCGUUUGGCUCAGAGGCGCUUGCCGGGCACUGGAUCUGCGGCGCUGGGUCUACGCUCAGAUCUAUUUGCAGGUGUUUGGAACUGGCCUCUUGAGAGAGAAGUGUGUGGAUUCGCGUCGCAACCAUCUCACCAUGGAAGAGGUGCACGAAGGCACCGCGAUGGAGUUUCACCUCUCGCUUUUCCUUGACACCGAGGCUGGUGAGAUCCGCGAGGAGGCGAUGGACGUUGACAUCGGCAAGUUCUUGAAAGAUCCAAGGGAUCCGAAGGUGUUGAAACAGGUCUUUGCUGGUGCUUCCCUGCGGCUCCGAGGGAAAGAGCGGCAUUUCACAGGCCUCGCCGAGUUGGUUUCCCGAUACCUGAUACAAGUUCAGAAUGCCGGCACGGAGACAGCCUGGAAGAGGGCCGCAGUUACCGGCGACUUCCUGCCCGGCCAGAUUUUCGAGUGUCACCUGACACAACAUCUGGUGGGCCCGGGGCAGCCGGAGCUUCAUGGCAAGCUGGUAACCAUGCUGCCUCCGGCGGAUUGCAAUGGAAGUCGCCUGCCCGGGCCGGGUAUGGUCUGCGUGGCUCCGCUGGACAAAGAGAAGCGCCGCAUCUGUGCUGUGUCCAGGCUAGACUUGCAUCCCAUCAGCUACGGCGACGAUCUGCUGGAUGGCAAGUACCGGUACAAGGUCCUCGUCAGGACCGACGAGACAUGGGACUCUGCGACGCCCUGCCGGCUUUGCUUUCGCAGUUUCGCGGACAAGGACAUCAACACCCGCAAGGUUUGGUGUGCGAAGGCUGACGGAGGAGUUCUACAAGUAUAUCCAAAGGAUCUCCGACUGGCCGUGGAUCUGAGUUCCAUUGGAGAUGCACGGCCGCAGGAGGACCUGGAUGCGUACACGGUGGCUCCAACCUCGCUGGUCUCUGGCCCUGCGCGUGCUCCGGCUGCGGGCUAG